GCCCAACACAUAAUCGCAUUUUGUUUCAUUCGCAAAUAUUGGAAGAAAAGCGCAAAAAUGUCUCCACAUAACCAAAAAACGAGUUAUAGCCGGUUUGCCUGUAUCGGAACUGGUCUUUCCGGUAUUGGUCUAGGUGCAACACUCAAGCGAUGGUAUGACCUCGACGACAUUCAUUAUUUUGAACGCCAGAGCCAACCUGGUGGUACCUGGUUACAGAAUCAGUAUCCUGGCUGCGCGUGCGACGUCCCUAAUGUGCUCUAUAGCUUCUCGUUCGAACCGAAUCCGGACUGGACACGUAUCCUGGCUAAACGAGAGGAGCUAUAUGAGUACAUAAUGGGAAUCGCCAAAAAGUACCAUCUUCUCGAUAAGAUGACCUUUGGGGCCCAGGUUGAGAAGUGUGAAUGGUCCGAGGAGCAUGCUCGAUGGCGAUUAACUAUUCGGAAUCUGGAAACAGGAUCUCUCUUUUUCCACGAAUGCCAGUUUCUCUUCUCAGCAACAGGCUUAUUCUCCAACCCACGAGAACUGGAUAUACCUGGUGGCGAGUCUUUUAAAGGGCCUGUUAUUCACUCAGCAAGAUGGCGUCACGAUGUUGAUCUCACAGGAAAGCGGGUAGUGCUAUUCGGUAACGGCUGUACAGCGGCGCAGAUCGUACCAAAUAUCAUUGCUAAAACAAAGAGCCUCACGCAGAUCAUUCGAUCAAAACACUGGAUCCUCCCUCCAAUUGAUGGGCCGACCUUGGACUUGCUACGCUGGGUGAUGAAGAACAUUCCUGGAGUACAGAGAUUACUCCGUGUCCUCGUUUUUCUCGAGACAGAGCGCCAAUAUAAACUUUUUGAGAUGACGGACGCGGGAGCACGUGUGCGCGCAAAGUUUAGAGAGACAGCCUUGGCCUACAUGAAAAAGACAGCACCUGCUAAGUAUCACGAUCUACUCAUCCCCGACUUCGAAUUUGGAUGCAAGAGGCGUAUUUAUGACUCCGGUUAUCUUGAGAGCAUUCAUGCUGAGAACUUCAGCCUGACGGAUAAACCAGCUACUGAAAUCACGCCAGAUGGGGUUCGGGUUGGAGAUCAAGUCAUCGAAGCAGACGUCAUUGUCCUUGCCAAUGGCUUCGAGACGGGAAGCUUCCUUAAUGGCAUCGAAGUGAUAGGCAGACAAAAUAAAAAUCUGCAUGAACACUGGGAGCGGUAUGGUGGCGCAGAAGCAUACAACACGACAUCUGUCAGCGGGUUUCCAAACCUUUUUCUUCUCUACGGACCCAACUCCGGCGUUGGCCACACUUCGGCCAUCAUAGCUCUGGAGAAUGGGAUCAACUAUUCACUGCGCGUCAUCAAGCCCAUAUUAGAUGGCAAAGCCAGUAUAGUCGAUGUGAAGCUGGACGCCGAGAGUCAAUGGACAGACAGUAUGCAGGCUGGCGUCAAGUCGACCGUCUUCUACUCUGGCUGCACCAACUGGUUUCUCGAGGCGAAAAAGAACGGCAAACGGUGGAACGCCACAGUUUACCCUUACUCCCAGGCGAGUUUCUGGAGAAGGAGCCUCUUUCCCGUCUGGAAAGACUUUGACUUUUCUGUAAGACUAGCAUUUUUUCACUAUCGGGCUAUAUACAUGAAAUGCUAAUGUCUUUAGGGCUCGGCCAAGGCUCCAGGGCGAAAUAUUUGGCGGCGACUGUUCCUAGUGAUAGGGAUGUUCAGUGGUCUGAUAUUCGCCAUGGAUUACUUUUCUGCAGGUUGCUAUAGAAAGCAUCUUCUGGAUGGGUUUCAACAUGUGCUAUCACAGUUGCGUCGGUAAAUUGUGUCUGAGAGGUGGAAUGGGCUUAAGAUUAGUUUCGAAGCAUGUCAAAGCAAAAGCCAC